CCUACUAAAGGAGAAACGCAUCCCGUAAGCUCCUGCCCUUCUCUCUGGACAGAUUAUCAUAGACCCUUUUUUUUUCUUUGGGAUUCUAAUAUCAACUUGAUUCUUGGUUAUGGGUGGGAAGCUCUGCAACAUUGUUGAUGGGACGAAACCAGUCAUAGUAAUGGUGGCUGUGCAACUAGUCUUUGGAGGAGUUAAUAUUUUAUACAAGUUGGCUAUCAACGAUGGAAUGAACACCAGGGUUCUUGUAGCCUAUAGAUUCAUCUUUGCCACAGCUUUUAUAUCUCCUCUUGCUUUCAUCUUGGAAAGGAAGAGCAGUCCAAGAUUGACAUGGAUGAUAGCUCUACAAGGGUUUCUAUGCGGAUUAUUUGGAGGAGCAUUGGGUCAGAAUUUGUACCUCGAAAGUUUGGCUCUAACAUCUCCGACUUUUUCAGCAGCCAUGGUUAACCUCAUUCCGGCUGUUACGUUCAUCUUCGCCAUUUCUUUAGGGUUGGAGAAGUUGGCGAUUCGAACGUGGGCAGGGAAGGCUAAGGUGGGUGGCACCCUAUUGGGCAUAGGGGGAGCCAUGGUCCUCACCUUCUACAAAGGACCACAGAUCAACAUUUGGUCAACCAAAGUUCACCUGUUAAACAAAGACCAACACGUGGCAGCAUCACACCGGAUGAUGGAUAAUCAUGUGUUGGGCUCAUUACUGGAUGUUGCAAGUUGUUUCUCCUAUGCAAUCUGGUUGAUAAUACAGGCGAAGAUGGGAGAGAGGUAUCCAUACCAGUACUCUAGCACUGCUCUAAUGUGUGCUGCUGCAACGGUCCAAGCAAUUGUGUAUGCCACGUGUAUGGAAGGAAAUUGGUCCACGUGGAAGCUCGGAUGGAACAUCAGACUUCUCACUGUUGCCUACACGGGAUUUUUGGCGUCUGGAUUUAUGGUGACUCUAAUCACCUGGUGUAUACGCAAGAGGGGUCCUCUUUUUGUAUCAAUCUUCAACCCUCUCAUGCUGGUAUUUGUAGCCAUCCUUGGUUCCUUAAUCCUCGAUGAGAAGUUGCAUCUCGGAAGUAUAAUAGGAGGGGUGCUGAUUGUAAUUGGGUUAUACGCCAUGUUGUGGGCAAAAGGGGUGGAGAUGAAGAGCAUGGCCAGACUCUCACAUUCCAAAAGCUCCAAAGAGGCAGAAAUAAUAAAUGUGGGCACAGCCUCAGCUGAAGAUGACGAUGUAUCAGCUGCAGCUACCAACCCUAGAUAGCGAUAAGUAUCGAGGGCUUCUUCCACUGGGGUUUUUGACUUCUCAACUUCUGGGAGUUUCUGUUCAGUAAAUGAGACCGGGGGUUCUUCCACUGGGGUUUUGGAUUUUUCAACUUCUGGGAGUUUCUGUUCGGUAGAUGUGACCGGGGGUUCUUCCACUGGGAUUUUGGAUUUUUCUACUUCUGGGAGUGUCUGUUCAGUAGAUGAGACCAGGGCUUCCUCAACAGCAGUUUCAGAUUUUUCAACUUCUGGCAGUUUCUUUUCACAUUCCUCAGUGGCCUUUUCAAUAAGUGACUCUUGUUCUUGUUUUAUUACCUCAGAUGGUGCCUUAUCUUCUUCUUUAUUUGAAUCCUCCCCCUCUUCAUUAUGUGCACAAAGCAGUUCAAAAUUCAAACACAAGAACAGAACAGAAUGCCAUUGAGAGAUUGAAAAAAGACAUCAAUCAUUCUACAAUUCUUCAUCAUUAAAUCAGUUGUACCAGAUUGAACAAUUCUCAUGAUCAGACUAAUGAAAUCU